GAGACGGGCCUGGGAGCGGGGGCGGCGGCCCGAGAGAUGCGCCAGGAGAGUUGUGCCGCGAGCCUCCGCCUCUUUUUUGGCACCGCGAAGCGGCUCCCUGGAGGCCGAGGGCCACGCCGCCUGGGCACCCGGCAGAUCGCGAGGUGGAACGAGCCGUCGCUGCGGGGACAGCGUUCCGAGGCAGUUGGUCCUCUCCGGGGUGCCGUAGGCAUCAGCUGACCGGCCCAGCGCACGUGACUACAGGGGCACUUGAUGGGAAUCAUGGCAGCCUCCCGGCCACUGUCCCGCUUCUGGGAGUGGGGAAAGAACAUCGUCUGCGUGGGGAGGAACUACGCGGACCACGUCAGGGAGAUGCGCAGCGCGGUGUUGAGCGAGCCCGUGCUGUUCCUGAAGCCGUCCACGGCCUACGCGCCCGAGGGCUCGCCCAUCCUCAUGCCCGCGUACACUCGGAACCUGCACCACGAGCUGGAGCUGGGCGUGGUGAUGGGCAAACGCUGCCGCGCGGUCCCCGAGGCUGCGGCCAUGGACUACGUGGGCGGUUAUGCCCUGUGCCUAGAUAUGACCGCCCGGGACGUGCAGGACGAGUGCAAGAAGAAGGGGCUGCCCUGGACUCUGGCCAAGAGCUUCACGGCGUCCUGCCCGGUCAGCGCGUUUGUGCCCAAGGAGAAGAUCCCUGACCCUCACAAGCUGAAGCUCUGGCUCAAGGUCAACGGCGAACUCAGACAGGAGGGUGAGACAGCCUCCAUGAUUUUUUCCAUCCCCUACAUCAUCAGCUAUGUUUCUAAGAUCAUAACCUUGGAAGAAGGAGAUAUUAUCUUGACUGGGACGCCAAAGGGAGUUGGACCGGUUAAAGAAAACGAUGAGAUCGAGGCUGGCAUACACGGGCUGGUCAGUAUGAGAUUUAAGGUGGAAAAGCCAGAAUAUUGAGUUAUUUAUUUACAAGUUUCGGGAGAGAAGGGAAAAAGACAACAGCAAGCAACGGCUAUUAAAUGUCACAAUCCUUUAAUAAAAAACCAUUUAUUGGCUGGGCAUAGUGGCUCACGCCUGUAAUCCCAGCACUUUGGGAGGCUGAGGCGGGCGGAUCUCGAGGUCAGGACAUCGAGACCAUCCUGGCUGACACAGUGAAACCCCGUCUCUACUAAAAAUACAAAAAAUUAGCUGGGCGUGGUGGCGGGCGCCUGUAGUCCCAGCUACUCGGGAGGCUGAGGCAGGAGAAUGGCGUGAACCCGGGAGGCGGAGCUUGCAGUGAGCCGAGAUCACACCACUGCACUCCAGCCUGGACAACAGAGCGAGACUCCGUCUCAAAAAAAAAUAAAAAGAAACCAUUUAUUUUAAAAACGAUUAGAUUGCUAUGCCUCAGCUCAUAUAAGAUGGACUCUUCAAGAAAACGUGAAGUAGAACGGAUAGGCCAGAAAUGAAAACAGCCAAAGUAAAGUAUUUCUUCAGAAAACAUUUUAUCAAACCAAAUGUUGAGUUUCCUUUUGUAAACCUGGAUUGGAGAAGACCUUUCAGUGGGUUAUCUCUAGUAGUUCAAGACUUAAAAGCUGCAGAGAAAACUGAAAAUUAUGUUCCAGAUAACUUUCCAUUGUUUACUAAAUUUUCUUGGACUUGGUCAUCAUCAGGAAGCAUUUGUAAAAACAAUAAUUUCCAAAUUACUGGCCCAUUCCAGACUGGCUGAAUCCAUUUGAUAGGAUUAAUCUCCAGUGAAGCUGUGUUUACAGAGCGUUCGAAGUGAUUCUUAUCAGGAAAUGUGAAAAACACUCCUGCAUGUAAUCAGUUAAUUUAAAAUUUUUCUUAAUAAGCAAACAAUUAAUGAAGAUUUCACCUGUUUACUUAGGGUAUCUACCCAGACCCAUCGAUUCUGAGUUCGAGGGAUGAUUUUGAAAUUAUUGCUUUCCAAAUAAAGGUGCUCCCUUGUA